UGUUACACGUAUAUGUACACAUCUCGAGAUCACUCGUAUCUCUAUCUCGAGAUUCGUUAAUUGCUUUCUCAUAAUCGUUGAAAAACACGGCUAAUCUAUCGAGCGAUAUCGUGCAAAUCUGAGCGAUUUAAAGGGAGACCGAAAAACUUUCGUCCAUCGUAAUAGAAUGAGAGCGAGAGGCACUCGGCUAACGACAUUUUCGUAGCCCCAAAUGCGUCGCAAACGAAUUGGAAUCGCGUUGCAAAAUUGAUUAUCAGUCUUCCUCCGUGGAGAUGGCUGGGAGCAUACCACGAGGUACUCACUUCGGGAAUAACAUUUGCCGAGCGGCGUAACGACUGAUCCGUCUAUUCCCAGUGGCAACGAAAACUCGUAAAACGGUACUUGGAAAUUUGCUGCGCCAAGUUAAACUUGAUGGAGACGGAGGGGUAUGACUGCGACUACUGCCCAUGCUACCGCACUGCUCUACACCCGCCCAGUCGUACGGAUUCUGGUAUAGUCGUGACCCAGAGGACCGAAUAGCUGCUGGCUGUAGUCUACCGAUGGGAUGCGAUGCGAAAAGUCGAGGCAGUACCUGUCGCAGCCAAACAAGUGAUCCGGACGGCGAGAAGCGGGGUCAGGUACCGUGGGAUGAAAUGAUAUUGUUUUAGCCGGGAACGAGUCCGCUGUCGGUGCUUAGAACCCAUUUUCCCGUAAAAACCGAGCGCGGUAAUAUCAAGCGGACUCGUACACUACUCCCUUGCACCCUCAAAUGGCGCGCUAUGUACGGAAAGGGAGAUUGAGAGAAUGAGAGCGAGAGGGAGGAAGGGUGAAGAGAAAAGACAUUGUCGCGGACAAAGAGUUCGAAAUAUUCGACGAUACCUACGUAUACGACUCCCGAGGGAAUGAGGACGGCAAUACUGGCGACGCUGGGAUACAUAGAAGAAGCAUCGCGGAAGUGGACGAAGUAUGAAUCGGAAUCUUUGCCGAAAUUCUCCCCUUUCUCUACUGUCCGUUUCAACGUGAAGUCUCGUACUACACACGUGGAAAACCGCAUGGGUUUGCGUGCAACUUGGCUGCUUGCCUCGAAUGGCGUAGCAAAAUCUGACCCCCUUUCAACGAGGGAUAAAUCUAAAAUUUGGCAUCAAAAAGACUCACCCGCGAAAGACGAUCCGGGGGGGAAAAAAGGCACAUGGCAAAAUUUGAUCGACGCUAAACGUGUAUUAUAUUGGACGGAAAAUGAUCACGCGAGUAUAUUUAUUCACCGCUGUUUGUGUGAUUGUUGUAUCUAGAACCUUUCGUGAUAUAGUAUGUUGGAACUGAUGAUAUCUUUAUUAUCGAAACAUCGUCAUUAUACAUGACCUAUAUACAGUGUGCUCCAAGAACCUCGAUCUGAAUUUUAAUGAGCAAUUCUAUACGAUUUUCAAAUUAAUUCUUCCUUAACUUUAAGAUUAUUUAUAACAGUAUUUAUAGCAGUUUUUGAAUAAUUCAAUAUUACAUAUUUAAUGGUAUUAAACUUUUGAAGACCAAAAUUCUAAAAAACGUUGAGGAUACAUAAUUUCCAACUAUUUCAAAAAAGAUAGAAAAAUAUUCUAGGAAUAAAAUAUUUUUCUCUUAAAUUAUUACACAGACAAUUUUUUAAUUAAAAAUUUCAAGCUAAGUAUUAUACUGGUAAAAUCACAAUGUGAGAUAUGUCUGUGAAAAUCAUACCUUGUAAAAACCGAGUAAUCUUCUUUGUUAUUUAAAAAAAACUCAUUAUAUAUUCUCGUUAUACAUUUUUACAGCAACAUAUUAAAGCAACACAAGAAAGAUAAAUUUUGACUGAAUUGCUGUUACUCUAUAUCUUGUUUAUUUCCAUUUUUCGUUAAAGGAAAACGUCUAACCGUAAUCCCGUCGCUUAGUCUCUCUAGCCUUUUCGCUAAAGCAAAAAGACAUUGCUUAUGGCUACUGGCGCUACUGCCAGUAUUAGAGAAUGUUUCACAGGAGUUAUGACUAGUUAGUUCCUUCUUAUGUUUUUCUUCGGUUAACGGUAGAUGCUUCACCGAAAACGUCAAACUAGUAGUAUCUAUGGUGUGCCAGCGCUUGGCGCUGCUUGACUGGCUGGGUUGACUGGUUAGCUGGCGCGGCGCUGGUUGGCUAUGUGACUAGAACACUCCCUCGUACACCUACCCUAUAAAGCAGCAGCUGUAAGCCGGAUGCGGAAGUCGUGUUCGCUGGCCAGGUCGAGUUCUCGCGCCUGGAGAUGCACGACCUACCGUAAAUCGUUUGGUUCGACGUGCCAUCGAAUCGACUGCUCGAAUGACCAAGUGUUGUACAGUAAUAAUAAUGCCAAAAUGCUUUGAUUUAUAUAACAAACCGAAUCCCACCAAUAUAUAAUCAUUUCAUAUCUUUUUAAUCUCGCGAAAAAAAUUAUUAAGUAUCUCGGAGUUGUUUACGUUCCGCAUUUACAAAGCGGAAUAUUUCAUUGUUAACAUUAAUUAAACAACACUUUCCUUAUAUUUGGAAAUGGUGUAAUUAGUAAAUUUAUAAAAAUAUUUUAAAAUAUUUAAAAUGCAAGAAAUGCAUAAAAUACAGAAUUGGAAAAAUUGAAUUUAUAUUUACGCAUGCUUAGAGCAUUUAUACUUUGAACCGUUAAAUAAAACAUUUAAAAAUUGAUAAUAAGUUAUAUAUUUUAAUUGCCGUUAAUUGGCAAUAAUAUUAUUGAUAGAAAUUUAUUUUAUCAAUAUACAGCAUUUAAUUUGCGUCGAAAGCAUCGUUAAAUACACCUGAAUUAUUUUGUCGGAAAAACAAGUGGCAGUGAGUCAAUAUUAAUUUCAUUUAACUUGAGUGUCAUUGAACCGUUUCCUCUAUUAAUCGCAUUUCGUAUCGAAAUCCAUUCAACAUUUCUCUACCGAGGAAAGCAUAAUUUGAGAAAUGUGUUAUCUAAACGGUGAUUUUCAUCCUAACAAAAACUUUGAUUAUACGUGACGCUCUGUAGAUUCUAUCUGCUGCUGCUGCUGCUGCUGCUGUGAAUAGCUGAGAAAUAUUACAAGCGCGAAAACUAUCUCUAGCGUAAAAUUUGCUUUAAUCGGGAGGUCGCGUGUCGUUCAAGGGUUGUUUGAAAGGGCGAGCAUGGAUAACGUACCUCUUCAAAGCCCGUUGUCCCUGCACUAAAACGCGCCAUCAUUAGGCGCGUUCACGUGCCGAUAUUUGAAAAUUCAUUAUUGUCGUACGCGUUGCAUCCCUCAAUAGAGAGCUAUUUCACAGAGGGAUUUUAGGGAUAUUUCUCGCCUUUGUCACGAUUGCCGGCGCAAAGCCAUUUAAAGGCAUAUACAAUUUCUUUAUUCACAUAUCACAAGAAAUAUAUGUGCAAAUCUUUUUUUAGAAAAGGAAAAUCUUAUAACCCUAUUACAUAAUUUAUACGUAGCCUUAAUUAAACAUUUUAUACGCUCGGUUUAUUUUACAUUUUAUUUCUGCCUCUCGUUUUCUAAGAAAUGUAAAGCAGUAUAAACUCAAUAAUAGUAUUGUGAUGCAAUAUUAAUAGUCCAUAUCCACAUUCUAUAACCGAUACAUAAUUUAUUUCACUCAGCUCGUAUAACAUCUCAAUACUUUUACACCCAUUGUAAAGCUAAGAUCCGGGUAUUCGUUGGAAUUCUUUGAACGUGUUCGACGUGUUAUUUGCGGAGAGUAUAACUGACAAUGAGAGUCACGUAUGUUAAGAGGCUACCAAAAGUGCACGUAACACGUCUAUUCAUGCAGUAUUGUCACCACUUCCCCCGUGCGCCUGUCUCGUUUGUAAACGAAGAACGUGUAGUUGCGUGCGCGUCGCUUUCUUUAUGCAUGUUAUAAAAACUUGUCAGAUAAUGAAUACAACGAAUACAACGUGGACGGUUACUCCAAGCGACGGAUAUUGCAUUCGCUGUAGUAACAGCCAAAGUGGUUGCUCGCAUUAAGUGCGUUUUACGCUCGUGGAUUUAAGAGAGCGGGUCGCGGUAGGCUGAUCAAUAUGCUAAUAUUUUGAUGCCUCUACUCCGCUCGACGAAUUAAAUUACGUUCCACGAACGAAGAUAGAGAAUACGAGGAGGUAACGGCAGGAAGAAAGAGCACAAAAUGAGGGGGUAGUGGAACGAAGUGCUCGACGUUUGAAGAUAAGGUAGGUAGGUAUUACAUAAGAUACCACUUAAUAUUAUAGAACAUUCACCUAACGCGUUACCAAUGUUACAUACCCGGAGUGAAAACAAUGACGUGUACCGGAAUAUACGCGACAGGAAAUUUAAUCUUUUUACACACUUGUAAGAUGUAUGAAAGUAAAUUUAUGCUUUUCCGAGUACACAUUUUUUUUGUUUAUUGUGCAAUGGAAAUAUUAUCCGUAAAAGAUAAAUGCACGAUGACGUCUAAGUAAAAAAUAAUGUUAUAUGGUAAAUUGCAAACAUUAUGAAGCAUUAUAUUAUAAUAAUGUAUACCCAAGAAAGUAAUAUGCCGUCUAAACUACUUUGUUAUAACGCGAAUUUAACGACAUAUUAUAUAUAUUAUGCAAGAUAUCAAGGUCAGAAGUAGAACAUAUUUCUUCUUUAACUGCGCGUACACAAGGACUGAAGCAGCAAGCGUUGAAAGUUUUGAAAUAGUUUGAAUUAUCCAGUAGGUACUUUAAAACCACGACGUACCUCGCGGUUUAGGCUUUAAUACAAUACUCUUGUCGCAAAUAUGUUCAUAAAAAGAUCAUGUGUUGACAGAUUUAUACAUGUUGAAGAUUAUUUUUUAUAAGGCACAUAUUACUUGAUUAUUAAAACGAUAAGACGUUUCUCUUUUUAAAGAAAAAUGUGCAAAUUUAUACUUGCACCAUAUAAAAUGUCAGUCAAUAUAACUGCAAUAUAAUUGUGAGUAAACGAUUUAAACAAUUUCCUCCCUAUCAAUUGAACAAAAAUUGAUUUCUUGAAGUUUAUGAAAUUACGAUGACUUUUGCUCAAUUAUAACAUGUAGGAAGUACACUUAAUAACGCAGUUGAAAUUAUUUCCGUAAAGUUUGCGACUUCUAAACUUCUGGAAGAGAGUGUGUCGUUAUAUCUCUAUCAUUCGCGCAAUUAUCCGAGUUACGUCUCUCGAGACGGGGGAGACGACUUUUUCGCGAUCAUGCGCGAAAUACAGUAUUUUUAUCUGAUGCACGCAACCAAAUUAAACGAAGAUCGUCUGACUCUAUCGAAGUCCGAUAGGUUAACGAGCAAAGUUUAUUUGCGUAUUUAUUACUCUCUACGGGCGAGAGGAUGCUAUCUUCAUACUGCAUUAUAGUAGACUUUCGUUCGCGCAAAGCUUACCUUCAUUAUACGUAUAAUGUCCUACGGAUUGCAGGUACACUUUCCGCGUUCUUAUUAAAAAUUUUACGUCGCUACCUUGUGCAUCCAGAAUAUGCGUCGCAUUCUCUCCCGUGACUGCACCAACGAUUCUUGAAUCUGUUGGACGAAGAAGUGCUCUUACUUCACUAAUAAGAUCUCGUUCUCGCAGACGAAGUUACUCGCGUAUCUGUUGUUUGGAAGUGUAAUUUACUCUACACGAUCCUUGAAAGGGACAUACAGAUUCUCAAUGAGAAUCUACAACGUAGGGAAGACAUCCGAACUAUUUACGAGUUCUAUAAUAUUCCACCUAAAAUUUCAUGGAAGCUUCGGAAACGAGAAAGUUCGUUCGCCAUUUAAUUAUGAUAGCAGUGAAUUCAAGGCAACUAUGUUAUACAUUGCACGUUCAGUCUCGACAACUGUUCUUAACAUUUUAGAAAUUUCCGAACCAUUUAUGAAUCUUGACGUGUUAAUGCGAAAUGGGCUCAACGCAAAUGUAUGUAGAGGCUUACUCGGCAAAAUGGAACCGAUGGAAAUUCGGUAGAACUGAAUGAAAGAUGACGCAAGUUAGCAAGAACCUCUUUCGCGAGAAUGAAUUUCGGGAGAACAACUCGGUUAUUAGAUUGGGGCUGCCAUAUCCUAAACGUUAUAAUAAUCUAACAGGAGGGAGUUCUCUAGAUAAUCUCGAUAGAGACCUACUUAUCGGAGAGAGCUCCGGAUCCAUCGUAGACGACGCGAAAGGUUCGUCGAGAAGAAAGGACAAAGGAGUAGAGAGGAAAGGAGGAAAGACAGAGAAUGCGGAGCUGCCUUUGGAUAAGAGAUGCUACUGGCGCAUCAUAUUACUUAUCUAGCUAUCUUCUGGUUUACUCGGAACCGUAGGAUGAAUCGUAUGCUACGAAAAUAAAUAUGGUUCCCACUGUGUAAUGCACUUAGUCACCAUUCUCUCGAUUUUCUCUGCCAUCGCUCUGCCCUCUUUCUUUCAUUGCCAUUUUCACCUCGGUUUACUAUCGCGUGCGUGCUGCACGAUGUAAAAUCCGGUUUCCUUCAUGAUCGCACUCAAUUACUUUUUUUGCACUUAACCGGUCAGACUUGGAUAAAAUACGAGAUUACAUUUUCGCACAUUAACUGCUCUAUCCCUCGUGCCAGUUUUGUCUAUACUGAUAUUCAAUUACUUUCUAUUCUUACACUAUAAUUCAAUAUAAAUCGUAAGGGAAUAAAUAAAUCACAAGAAAAAUUGAUUUUUCCGUUCUCUGUGCAAGUUUAUACGAAGUUUGUCAGAAAAAGUGAUAAGGAACAUAAAUCACUUCAACGUCGCGACGCAAAAAAAAGUUAAUAUUAUAUUAUUUUCACUUUAUAUAUCAAAAUACAUCUAAUUGUGUCUCAAUAUUUAAUAAUGAUUAACGCGGGGUUUACAUAUUAACAAAAAAUAAUACUACCGUAGUUUUAUAUUACAUUUUAUAUAUGCAUUCAUUUUUGCACAUCAAUUUUAAUAUCAUCGCGUUACUUCUCCGUUUUCAACUGUGUAGUUCGCGCGGUCUGCAGUUUCCAUUUGAGAGCAUUCGUGAUCGCAUCUAGAUCGUCUUUCCGUACCUACUUCGACGACGCCUCGUCAAGGAAUGUUAUAUCUCUAGAUCUUUGAAAAAGACUGCAAGCGAUUUCGGAGAAUCUAAAAUUCCGACCCGAAUUCGGUGUCAAACGUACGUGUAGUGUCGAGCGAUUUCGCUGGCAAGAUUACGAGCGGGGUCAGUAAGCGUAGCCAAUCAGAUUUACGAGGCAGGACAUAUCAUGAUCGCCUUUACGACAAUUAGUCACCGUCAUCCCUCUUCCACCUGACGCACCGCAGCCAUGCAGUGAUGGAAAAGUGGUAAAACUAUCGCAAAAACAACGGCACGAUAUCACGCUUCUCCGUAUGUCGUUGAUUUUUGAAGUACCAUGUAACGACAUGCCCUAAUUUAUACUGAUUAAUCAUAGCUGUUGAUAGAAUGAAAUUGCGGGAACUUGUCGAAUUGAAUCGUAAAAAGCAAAAAGGAAUUUAAAUCCAGCACUUUGAUCAAUUCGGAACGAUCAUUCCAGAACUCGCUGAUUUGACUUCAAUUUUAUUCAUUUAUUUUGAUUUAUUUUGACACUUAUUAUAAAUUAUAAAUACACAAUGAUAAUAUUAUUAAACGUUUGAAUUACUAUCAGAUGGAAAAAUGUUUAGAUAUUGUUCAACACAGUAUGUAUGUAUGGUUUUAAUUUAUAAAUUCUUUUAUUCACAAAGCACGACGCUUCCAUAUCAAAAAGAAAAAUAAUUUUAUAAUAAUUAUCAAACACAAUCAUCUUUUUAUAAUACUUCUAAAGAACACAAGAGUAAUUCAUUCUAUAUUUUCUCUCUACGUGGUACAUUAGGCGUAGAUGGUGUCUUACUAAUAAUAUACGUCACGUACGUCUUUCUUGAUUCUUUCCAAGUUUGCUACCCGCAUUUCGCGAUCAGGAUGCCAUUCGCCGUGCCCAUGGCUGGCGGAAUUCCCAUGCGUUUUUUCUCCGGUUAGUUCGAACGAACCAAUCACCCCCUCAACUCUAGGGAGAUGGUGGGUGAUAGGCGAGGUGGUAGAAGCGGGGGUGGUGAGUCGGGAUCGAUGGAGAUAAUGCCUAUUACUCCUAAUGCGAAACUCGCUCUUCUUCUAUCUUUGUGCCGCUCUAUCUUCGAUCCUGUAGCCAGUUUCCCUUCUCCCGACCGUUUCGUUCUCGUGGCUCUUCGCAAUCUGUAACCAAUGCUCAAUUACCAUCUCCACUGACUCCAUUUUCGACAUCUUUCUCUACUCGUUGUCAUUAUCAUUGAUCGAAAUUUUGCUUUUGUAAUGUAAACGCGUAUUAUCCAAUGUCAAUCAACAAUGAUAGCGCAAUUUUAUAUUACUAUCAAAUAAACAUAUAAAUUACAAGCGGUAGAUUUUUUAAAGAUAAACGAAGACAAAUUUAUGACACUAUAAAUUUGUUCGUAUUAUACUUACACUUCUUGUAUUUAGAAUCUUCUCUUUCUCUCUCUCUCUCUCUCUCUCUCUCUCUCUCUCUCUCUCUCUCUCUCUCUCGAUCCCAACGCGGGAAUAUAUAUUUAUCCCUUUUUAAGUACAAAAAUUUUUGGAGAUUUAAGCAACAAGAACAGAUCUUACAUUUACGUAAUUAAGAUGGUUAUAAAUGAAUUUAAUUUCUUAUGUCUUAUAACGUAUUUUUAUAAUGUUGUUUAUUUUCGGUAAAUUCUAUGUAACGUACAAACGGAAAUUCUCGACAUAGUCUAAGUUGAUGAUAAAUUGUUGCUCAAUGUUUCUUAUUUAAUUUGAACGACUACCGUUUAUCUCGAACAAGAAGAAAACCCCCCUCCGAUCUUUCUCCAAUUUCGUCGGCGCCAACUUUUUCCAUUUACUUUUACUUUUCCAAUCGUCUCGUUCACUUUUAGAAAACGCGGAGUAUAUUACAGAAACAAAACGAAAUCGCGCUGAAUACACCGUAGCAGUAAGUUCUGUGGGCGCAGUAACCUGUUGAGUGUAUUCGCGUAAGUGGUGAGUAGUGGAUACGUAUACGUGCGAAAGUCUGGGGAUGAAGUUUCUGGGGGAAAUACAGGCGAGACACCACGCUCGUGAGAAUUGCAACAUACGAACGGUAAGUGUAUUCGUACCUAAGAAUCCGAGAACAAUACAUCCACAGAGCUAUGCGAGCGGCCUUGUAACGACUUCGAAAGACGUUUAUGCAAUCCGAUAUGAAAGAAGCGUAACCUCGAGUGCAACUAGUGGUAAAAAGGGAGAUAAAAAAAUAUAUACGCAGUCGAAGAAAUAUUUUUGAAAUAUUUUGAAUGCUGGACGCGAGAAGAGCAGAUGGAAUUAUGUAGUUUUUAUUCGUUAUUGAAAUCCUUUAAAGUUUCCUAUCGCGAAAUAUUUCUUGCAUUAAAGUCGGUAGUUCUUGGUCAGUGAAGCUGUUUCUAUAUAAAUAAAAAAGUUGUAAGAAUUUUGAUAAGUUAAUAUUUUCUCAAGAAAAUAUACAACGAAGUUAUGAUACUAAUAAGGACAUUUUGCUCUAUAAAUAUUAAUCACAUCGUGGAUCGCGUUGGGACAAGUAUUUUUCAUUUUAUUUUUAUUACGCAAAAAGAUUGUCUCAUUAAGCGCUUAAGUGACGGUUGCGACUGAUAAUAUAAUCAACUUUAACCAUUAGCCUAUAUUCACCGUCUGCUCUCAUCAGGCCGAUAAAUGCACCUAUGACAUUAAUUCGUGGUCUCAUAGUCUUUCUAACGAUCAUUUGGCAAUUAAAUGCAUCGUAACGCGAAGUGGCCCUUGAAAGUUUCGAGAUACCGUGCUGAUAUCGAUUCUAGAUAAUGGAUAUUAAAGAUUGUUUUAUGAUCAGCUUAGUGUGAGAACGGUGUAAACGUACCACACAUAGAUUAAACCGUUAAAGUGGUACAUGCGAAAACGAUAACUCUGUUCCCCAAAAUAUGGGGCGUUGUUUUUGUUAUUCCUGUGUGUACGCCGAACUAGCUAUACGAUUUCAUAUUUUCGCUGAAACAUGUCGAAAAACAGUAAUUUUAUCUCUAUCCGAUUACAUCGUUUAAGUAUCUUUUGUAAACGCUACGCACGAAUGUUCCGAUCACGUCUAUAUUUCGCGAUCAUAAAUUACAUCAACUCGCUAACAGCACGCUUUGAAAUUAGCGUUGUAACGUGGUCGAGCGUUGCACCGGGGAAUAACAAUGUCCCCGCCUCACGUGCGCAUGUGUAUUUAUACCAAGCAUUGUGUGCAUCUAAUUUCGGAACAAUGUUGACGUCAUUUCCGUUUUCAUUUAAUCCGCUGAUGACUAUAUGAAAUGUUUGGACAUUGCAGAUCAUAUAUAUUAAUCAGUAUGCAUUUAUGAUCAUAGCUCCUGCGACAGCAAAACAUCGUAUCCGCGUGCAAGGACAGCGUGUUACAAAGUUUGUCGAGAGAGAAAAAGGAAUUGAUUAAAAUAAUAUUUUCGUAAAAAUUUCUUGGGUAGUAUGCACUUCUUAUCAUUUUUUGUAGAAUUUUAUUCUUGCAUGUUUUAGUUAAAUGCAUUUAUAAUUUUUACAAUUUUAUAAAUGUUACUUUUAACUCUUCGUAAUCUGCCAUUUUUUUUCACUGCUCUGCUGCUCUCCAACCGGGUCACUGGAGGAGCUUGAUAGUGUUUUUGAAAGGGUUUUUGUGCUCUAAAAAAUCUGAAAGAAUUCUGUGGUGUUCUCUUCCAACAUUCCAAAAUACUGUUUCACAUUGUUCAUCCAAAAUGAUUUUCACUUUUUUUUUUGCACAUGUCCGAAUUCAAGGCAAAAUAAUUCAAAGUUAAAAGUUCAUUUAAAUCUUUAAAUCUCCAGUUGGAUCACGGAGGGAUAUAAUAUAUACGAGAAAGUGAUUAUUACGUUUCUACUUCAGAAAAAUAGAAUCUUAAAUCAAAUGAAUAAGAAAGGAAUGAGAAUGGUAGUAAGAGCGAGCGACUAGAUUUUCGUGCGAGUUAUAAACUCUGUAUUAUCACUGAUCUUUUCGUUAUAACGUAGCGACACGCAAAUAUAUGUGUGCUGCUAAAGAAAAUGGUUCGGCGCUUGAUUUGCGAGCACCGUCGUCGCACGUAAUCGCGCGUCGCGGACAGUUCAAGAUCUGAUUCGCGAAGUACCGGUGAAAUUAGCGCUUCUGGUCAAACGUUUCGCGGCGGAAGUAACAAUGUGCGCCAGCGCCCGCGCCCGAUGCUCCGACAAUCGUGCUCGCGACCGUGGUAUCGGUGUAUGUACGUGGCAUUGUGUUGGCCGUUAAGCAUUUGAUACGGCCACCUUCCUGUCGCGCGCGUCCCGUCGGUGCUAUUGUCGCCGGUGCGUUCACGUUGUAACCGAGCCGCGUCGUUUCUCCGUGUGCGAUACGAUCCGAUACGCCCGUCGCCCGUGUACCACCGACGACGAAUGUGUGACGCACGUACGAAGAGCCGCACUUAAAACGGCGUGCAUACUGAAGUGGCCGCGCGAAAACGAAGCGACAAGCCCGACGAAAGCGGACGUGCGUGUGAGUCGAGAUAUGAUAAAAUGUAAAAAACGAGAUAAGGAAAAAUACAGGGAAUGUGGAGUAAAACUGAAUCUCGAGAGAGUGCGUUCGUGAAUGGCGGAGUAUGAAUAUAUUUCAUGGCUGAAACUCGCAAAAAAAAUACUCAGAUAUUCUCUUUGAGAUGUUAUAUUUAAAUUGUACAAUAAUUGAAGAAUGAAUGUUAAAAUAAGAUCGUAAUAUGUAAAAGAUAUUAUAAUAAAUUCAAUACGCUAUUAAACGUAUUAGACGAAACAAAAUAUUAAUUAGCACACUAAUUAAAAUAUUAAUUAAACGUCAUAUAAAUGAAUAAUAUAAUUAAUUAUAAUAUAAUGAAUUAUUUCUCAUUUUGUACAGCUUCGAUAAAAGUGGCUAUAAAAUUGUUCUUUCUGUCCCCUGUUUUAUCUAUAAAGCACUUUUUUUAUUUAGUACAAUACAAAUAAUCUUAGAAUCAUACAAUUUUUGUGCACUAUGAAGAAAAAAAUUUUUUAUUUGCAACAUGUAAAUAAAAAAGUUUUUAUUAGAAAACACUCUGUGUUUUGCGACUAUCGUCUAUACCUGCAAAUAUUCAACAAUAAUACAUAAAAAAAAUGGCAUAAAAUUUGAUCUACAUCAAACAAAAUUAAUAAUACAAUUUAAACAUAUCGUGUAUACAUAUAAUAAUACAUAAAUCUAUUGUUAUUAUCUAUUACUGCUUCACUUCAACUUCGUAUUUCCACAUUUUUUAGAAUGAGGCACUAAUAAAGUUUUUUGUAUUUUCAUGUUCUUCCUUCACAUGGUCAUUCUCUCAUUUAUUACACUUGAUAAAAAGAAAAUAGAAAAAGAAAAAGCGAAAAACGUACACGCGCAUGCAAUUGGUUGUUCGUAAUUGUUUUGUAUGUCAUAUGUUUGCAUACAGCCUUAUGCACAUAAUAUAAGAGCGAUAAGCGCGAGUGUGGGAUCCGACGACGGUCGUCGACGGACGCUUACGCAGUGCACCUUCGACUGUUCCGGCGCGGCGUAACGCGAACGAAUUGGCAAAAUCUCGUUAGUCGCAAAGGGAGCUCGACGGGAGGGAUCUAGUAUAUUCACGAUACAAACAGUGUUCGUCGUUCGACUUACGCACGUUUCGAUCGUGAACCGUCGCAGAGUUCCAUCCGACGUAUAAUCGAUUCCGAUAAUUGUGCGACGCGCUAGCUCAAGCAUGACCAUACGACGAUACCUAUUGUUUGCAGUAGCGCAAGUUUCAGUUGCAAAGCUUGGCGUAGGAUUACGAGAUCGCGAGGCUUCCACUGUUCAGUGCAAUCGAGUUUCAACUACGUAAACGGCACACAAGCACAUUUUUAUCUAGCCGCGACCGCAGCGUGCAAUCAGAGAAGCGCCCGUUGACUCGUGACGCUUCCGGUUCAGGCUUCCGGUCCACGGAACCGCACCGUUUCCGUUCGACUGCCCAGCCCACCGAUCCCGACUGCCGACCGCCGCGGUAUAUCGAGGGCUCCAUGUUCGAGGAGCGGUAUCGAGAUCAGUGCUAACGCUUCGUCACGAGAAUGCAAGGACGGAAUACUUGCGCGCUCCCGGAUAAUUAGUUCCAAGUGGUAUUCGCCGUGGUUGCGGAGAAUCGAAUUGCCGUGCGUGUGAUCCGCGAGUAAUGUCGGUUAUUUAACCAAUCGUCCGAGUUGACAUAUAGAAUUAACGGUCAGUUUAGUGUCUUGAAAGGUGCCUCGAUCAGUGUUCGAUACAAUAACUUUACGUGCGAGAAAAAAAUUACAAUUCGUCGACAAUUUCAACGAGUAUUUGAGUUGUGAGGAAUCAAAAGGAAUGGUGUCAACGAUGGAGCCGACGUUAAUGUGACAAUUAAUUUUUCGUUAUCGUAGCGACCCGUUAAAUCCACACAUUUUCUUUUCAUCUUUUUUUCUUUUAAUUUGUGAUGUAUAUUUAGGAAUAUCUAAAAUCGUUUACAAUUUAUAUUCAACGCUCGGAAGCUAUAUCUUCUCCAAGCUUUAUAGCAAGAUACUCCGCAUUAUCCUUGACGAGAAUGUGAAAUUCAUGUUGCGGGAUGAUAACAAAUGAGGCGCGCGCCGCUUCAACGUUCGCAGCAGGACAAGGAAUUUAUUGUAAGGACGAGUCCGAAAUUGAGGCUCGCGAUGAUUCAGUACAACGUUUUCUAAUCUCGUCGGAGGUCCAGCCAGAUAACUGCGGUCGAUCAUCGUUGAGUGAGAGAAGUGGCAAUCGGCGGGCCAGGUGGAUGCGGCUGUAUCUGUGGCCGUGAUACGCGAAAAUGGCGGUUGCGCCCGGUAAGAAUAAAUUGAAAAUGGGCAGUGCGGACCGAUACUACGGUGCUUAUCUCAUCUACGACGUGGCAAACUCAUGCCUCGCCGCCUUGCACGCCAAGAUGCCUCCUCGGGUCGUCGUCACGCGAACCAACCCUCCGUCUCCUAUGCACGCCCAGAACCCCCAACACUAUCACAUAUUUGUUGGGGACCUGAGCCCGGAGAUCGAGACACAUACCUUAAGGGAAGCGUUCUCAGCCUUCGGAGAGAUCUCGGAUUGCAGAGUUGUCAGAGACCCCCAAACUUUAAAGUCCAAAGGAUAUGGAUUUGUUUCGUUUGUCAAAAAAGCGGAAGCAGAGAGUGCCAUCGGCAACAUGAAUGGCCAAUGGCUCGGUGGUAGAAGUAUUCGGACAAAUUGGGCCACUCGCAAACCUCCCGCACCUAAAUCCGAAGCGAAUGCGAAGCCGUUGACGUUCGAUGAAGUUUACAAUCAAAGUAGUCCGACCAACUGUACGGUAUACUGCGGCGGUUUGACCAAUGGUUUAACAGAAGAACUCAUGCAGAAAACCUUCUCACCCUUCGGAUCCAUCCAAGAAAUUCGAGUAUUUAAGGACAAAGGCUAUGCCUUUAUCAGGUUUUCUACCAAGGAGUCGGCCACGCACGCCAUCGUAGCAGUACACAACACAGACAUCAACGGCCAAACGGUGAAGUGCAGUUGGGGCAAGGAGAGUGGAGAUCCUAAUAAUGCUCAACAAACUGGACAGGCGUUAUCGUCGGCGACGUACCCAUACUACGCGGCGGCGGCAGCUGCCGCCGCGGCGGCGGCGGGCGUCGCGGGUGUCGGAGGCGUCGGUGGCGUCGGCGGUGCUGGACAACUAGGAUACUGGUAUCCGCCCCAAUCUUAUCCUACGACAGCGACACAAAUGCAAGCUGGUGGCUUUCUUCAAGGCAUGCAGGGGUACACCUACGGACAGUUUGCCGGAUAUCAACAGGCGCAAUAUAUGGGAAUGGGAAUGGGUGCUGUCCAUGCUGCUGGCACAGCGGCAGGAUGGGGUCAGGGAUUACCUGGGGGACCACAGUUACCACCACACCACGCCACGACGGUCACGGCACCCCCAGGGGUGCAAGCCGCACCCCCGCCACCACCGCCACCGGCACAAAUGAUGGCCUACCCGAUGCAACAGUUCCAGCUAGCGGAUGAGGACUGGCUGACGCCUAGCCUUCUAGUGUGAUGGUAAGCAAGUACACCCCACCAACAGGAACAACUUCUACAGCAACAACAGUUACCACCACCAUCACCACCAUCAUUUCCUCCUCCACUACUACCACCACCUCCAACUACAACAACAAUAACAACAUUUCCGUCAUCAUCGAUGCACAAUCGACCGCGACAGCAAAAGCAGUAGAAUUCAUGCCACUUCCGGCUUGACGAUGCGCGAGUCGAAAGGCUGCAAUAACCACGAAAAGCAGAUAACACUUGCUUAGUAAAAACGAAGAAACAAAGUGAGAAAUAAAAAAAAAAUAGUGAUUAAGGAUCAUAAUCCUAGGUAAUUUUGCGCAAGAUGCAUCCAACAUCCCCAUUCCCCCCAUAAGUUUUCACGUCCAGUGUAAGAGAAAAGAACCGCUACCGAUUACUAAGCGGAGAUACCUCUCGUCCAGUCUGUAGGAUAAUCUAGCAUCUUGCUCGGCUUGAAAAAAUAGAUAGCGUUUGUCGUUACAGUAGUAUCCGAAGCUUCAAUACAAAACGAAAUCCGGCAUACACAUUCGUGAUGGUCUGACAGUCUUUUUUUAGCGAAACUGGCCAAUUAUUACGCAUACUAUGUAUCGUCCAACGAUAAUGAGUACAUGAGAAAUACGAGUCCACAAAUGUUCAAUGGAGUCGUGGUUUAUCAGCAUUUUAACAAAGCGCAUGAAAUUCCUUGAUCCUCUCUACGAAAAGAAAGAAGAGUGCCGACAGACCGCCGGAUACAGACUCGUUACACGGAUUCAUUAUUUUUGUAGCUUGGGCUUAACAGCGAAAAUAAUAACUCAAAGACAUAAUGUCGAAGGGAACGUUCGCGGCCGAAUGCGACGGCUAACGAACGGCUACGGUGUAUAAAUGAUAAAUAUACAAAGAUUAAUCGAAGCAUACUCUCGUGAAGAUAUAUAAAUAUAUAAAUAUAUAUAUAUAUAAAUGAAAGAAUAUAUACAUAAAAGAAUAAAGAUUAUUAUAAACAAAAUUCAAACAACUAGCUAGUUAGAUAGGCAUGUUAAAUUAAAAGUUAUUCGAGGUCGAUUCGAUAUUCGGCGGCAAGGAGGAAGUGAAACUUGUGUAUAUUCAAUAGCGCAGCAUUUUUACGGGGAUCAAAUAAUCUCGGCCCCUUUGUACAACCCGCCCGUCUCAAAAACCACGGGAAUUACUAUUGGAUUCACGUAUCUUAUUCCAUUUGCCAUUGCAAAAAGACUUUGUAUCAAAUUUUUAUUUAUCGGAAUCAUGGCCAAACGAUAAUUCACACAAACAUUGAAAUCUUUGCAGAUGAUUUAGCAUCCGUUUUUUAUCAUUCGAAUUUAUCUUUCGAACACAACACUUAGAACUUGUUGGAUACUUUUAUAAAGCAAACAGACAUGUACACGCCAUGGGAGGCAUCGACGAAUUAGCACAUUCCGAACUGAGAAAGUGACGAAACGCGCAAAACACCGAUCAGAUCACCGUGGUUUUUAAGUAAAUGUUAGAUUUUUAUAUGACUAUGUAGAAUCAAAGGAAAUCGAGAUUUUGACGUUUAAGCAAUAAAACGUUAAAUAAGCUUAGGAAAAAAAAGGCAGCCGAUCCCUCCGUCUCUUUAUAUCAAUCUCGCUGCGUAAACGAGAGAGUACACGAAUUCAUAACAACGAAAAAAAAAAUAAUAAUAAAAUGGACACGAUAGCUAGAAGAGACGGUGCGCGCACGCGUAUAUUUUAAAUUCGGGGAGCAGUAAAACAAUCACAAUAUCCUCGUUGUCCCGAAUUUCGACUUGACCAAAUUGAUACAAAAGAAAGGCGAGACAGAAACUCGUAUAAAUCGCGAACAUGUAAGCAAUUGCAAUGAGUGCAAUCGUACAUAUGGGAGAGCGCUAGAGGGGAAGGGAAAGAAAGUAUGAAAGCGAAAAAAGAGACAGAGAGAAUGAGAGGGAGAGAAAGAAAGGCAUGAGAAAAAGAGCGACGAAUUAACUGCACAGCACAAGCAAAGGUCGAGAAAAAAGAGGUUAAAUAAUUCGUAGAUAGACAUAUUGCACAAACAGCACGAAAGUUAGAAUAGAUGAAUUAAGUUUUUUUUUUGUCCACGCGUGCCCUGUCCGCGCGGCAGCCGUUUAGAAUCUUGAUCGUACAUAAUCUCAUCAUCGGCGUGUUCCUCUGCCAUUAAAACUAUCCGCUUACUCUGGAAAAAGAACGGUCAGAAGAGGAGGGACGAGAAACGAAUCGACGAGGUGAUAGCACGAGCAGCUUCAAUACUUGAAAAGAUGGGAAACGGCUGAAACUUAUUGCAAUCCGUUUCCGUUAUCUUCGUGCUCGAUCGUUUGUAUCUCCAUCGUCCUGUUUCUUGCUCCUCGUAUUUACUGCCUCUUCUUACCCCUUCGGUUUUAAGUAUCACAACUCAUACUCGUCGUAUCGAUAAUAUCCUCGCUUUUCCUUCGAAAAGCGUUCAUGUCGAAGCAACGAGUAGAACCGGGGCGAACUUAUAUAGAAACUAGUGAAAUUAAAAAGUUUGGAUCCCUUAAUUGAUUCGAUAUUUCUGUUUUGAAGAUCCAAAACGUCAAUAUUUAAAAAUUAUAUAUUGGAUAUUUUUACAAUUAAACUUUCGCCGCGUGAAGUUCUAAAAAUUAUACACUCGAAAUCCCAAAAAAUUAUUUAUCUUGCAUAGAAUAUAUUUGAAAUUUGAUAUUCUCGACAUGGAGUCUUCAAUAUCGCUGUUCCCGUUUAUAUUGGAAGAGGCUCACUGUUCAAAAGCAUUACCUUUUGAAAGGUGUAAUGAUUCGUAUGACGUCUCUUUCAAAUAUUUCGUAACAUAUAUUCCAUGGAUACAUAAUCUAUAAUUUUGUUCACGAGCAGAUGAUAUAGGCCGCGUUCGUUUUGACGCUCAAAGCGUUUUAAGCAUUGUUUCAUUCUUGUUGUUUAUCAGAUAUUAAACAAGAACAAAUGCUGCUUACAAGUACAUGACACAGUGUAUGUACAUGCUAGCGCCAAAACGAAUGCAGCUAAAGUCGACAAAAAAAAAGUAAAAAGAGAAAGAGGCAGAUUCAGGGAUUAGAUUAAGAGGCGAAGAGAGCACAUCGAUGAUGACUGAACAUAAAAACGAGAUAGGACAAAGACGACUUUGGUAUUAAUCAAAAGGUAGACGGAUCGUGCUUUAAGCGAAUCAAAAGCGUGUUCGACGUUUCUCAAUCAAAAAGAUCAAUGAUCAAAGCAAACGGCACACACGAAUGCUCGAAACGUAGGAAACGAAGGAAGCGGAGAACGGCACAAUCAAAUCUGCCCAACAUCGCAUAGAGUUUAGAUGUUUUGUGAUGAAAGUAGUGAGAGAAAGAGUGAAAACUAGAGAGAAAGAGAGAGAAAGAGAGAAGGCAUGAGAAAGAGAGAGAGUGUGUGUCUGUGUGUCUACCAACGAUCCGUCGCGAUUGUGUCAACCAGAUAAAAGAGUGAUUUUCCCAUAAGAGGAAAGCUCGACAAUAAAAAUCGCCACAUUUCAGCGUUUUCAAUCGCGAUGAAUGAUUCUGAUAUAAUAAUUUAUACACAACCCAAAUUAAGGAUUAUAGUGUUGCCGCUACAUUGGCUGCAUUUCUGUCGCCUUGCUCCUAUUUGAUUUGCAAUUUAAGAAGAAAUGUAAAAGAGAAUCGUUAUAUCUGAGUUUCAUUACGUACGUUUGAGCGAGGAUCAUCAAAAAGAUAUAUUAUCAGAUUUAUUUCUAAUUUGUGUUGUUGUUGGUAUAUAUGUUAUUAGAAAUAUAUUUAUUCAUACACAUGUUUAAUUACCUGCACAUAAUUUUCUUAUUGAAUGCUUUUAGCUUAUUCUAAAUUUUAUUAUGUUUUUAGUUUAGUACAAUAUAUGAAUUAUCAUGCACGAUCGCACGUAAUGUAAGCGCGACUAUACUUACCAUUUAUUUCUUGCAGUUUAUGCAUGUUGAUGAACAUCAAUUUUAUAUUCAUCUUUCGAUUAAGUUCUAUCGUAACCUGCACCUUGAAAAAAAAUUUUGUCUAUGUUAUUAUAAUUAAAUAUUAUUCUUUCAUUGUUUAUCUUUAUAAUAAUGUUAUCGUUGAAUAUUUUACAAAUUAUUAAAAAAGAAUUAAAAAUAUCAGAGUGUAAAUAUAUUUAAAGUAAAAUGCAGGUUACAAUUGUGAUUUGCAAAAGUUUCAUAUUAUUUAAAAUUCUAGCUUAAAACAAAAUCGUCAUGCUAUAUAUAACCGAAUCUCGUUUUCUAAUAGAAAUUGGGUGACUAGCCUCGAGGACACGGCACGAGUAUGCAAAGAAAAAGCAACAAAAUUAUAAAUAAAUAUAUAUACAUACAUAUAAAUACAAAAAUGUAUAUAUAUAUUAUAUAUAUAAAUAUAUAUACUUGCGCGCAACGGCGGCGAGGGCUGUUAUUUUCAAUCGUCGUGCGUAAAACAAAGCACUGUGCGUGAAAAAAGAGAGAAAAAGUUAGCUUUUAAGAAACGACAUGAAAAAGAACAUAUAUAAGUAAAAAGAAAAUAUCGUGUACAUUAUUAGUUAGGCAAAAAAGAAAUAAAAAUAUAGGUUAUUUUUGUGAAAGGUGGAACGAGCGAGGGGAGAGAGGGGGAACAGAGAGAGAUCGUAUGGCAAGAGGGACCCAAUGGCAGACUGUAAUACGAAUUAUGCAAUAAGAGCCUGUUAUCACGUGCGUUUGCAUCUGUCAAUCAACUCCUGUACAGUAACGUAUAACCGGGAAGCGUUUAAUCGACAAGAGGACAUUAAUUGGAUUUGACACACUCUACUUUUACGUUCCUUACGUUCCGCCCAAUCGCUCCCCUUAUCGAAUUGCUCGCUAUGCACUCCGACUCGAUUCCACCUUCGACAGAGAAAAAGUGAGGGAUCCUGCAUUCUUUCAAAGAAUCAGCAUGGACGCUCGAUCUUGUAAAAAGUAUUUAAAGAAAGGCGCCUUAUAAACAUGAAGGCGUGUGUAUAACUUGAUGUAGUUCUGUACGUUGUCUAGGACAUGUACCGAGUGGAGCUAGCCGAUUGAGCGAAUCGUCGCGUUAAACGGGAAACCAAAAUGUAGCAUAAAGUGAUAGAUAGAUAAUUAUUAAUGUAAUCUGACUUAGUAGGAAAAAGAAACAAAGGGGCAAUGGAAUCGCGGACGGAAACGACGGAUGACGGGGAAGUGUGAAACGGGGGGCGAAAUAAAUUGUAAAAAGGGGGGAAGGGAGGGAGGGGGGGGGAGAACAAACUUGACGAAAGUCGCACCGGCAAAACUGGCAAAAGAGAAAUUCCACUUAUGGUACCUAAGUCAUGGACCCAUUCGGGAAAAGGGACACGCGCGCGCAUACACGAAAUGUAAAAAAACAUAUACGCGUAUGUAAAUACACACAACACCAAAUACACAAAAUGCACACAGCAUACGUGUAAGAAUAUAGCGGCGAAAAACUUAACAAACGCUCUAGACGUAGUCUAGUCUAAUCUAGCUUGUCGAUCAUUAGGUUAACAAAAUAAAAGCGUUCAUGAGGGAUAGUGCAAUAACAAUAUCCGCAAGUUAUACUCAGCACUCUUAUACGGCACAAAUGGCAGGACACCUGGUGUAUAUGCAUACACCAAAAAAAAAAAAAAACAAAUAUAUAUUGACAUGUAUAAUAAACAUAUAUACAUGUUUACACAUACACACAGAAACGCGUGCUGCGGCUGCUGCCUCCACCCUUUGACCGCGUCCUCAACUCAGAUUCUAUAAUCUGACAAUUGGCAUAUUAGAUAACGUAAUUCACACCAUUUUGAGAUUUUUGCUAUCGCAUCGUCCAAGCUUUACCGAAGUGACCGCUCUCCUGGUUAUCCAAUCCUCAUCGAAUUACUUCAGUCUCAAGUUACAGCAAAAUUCAAUGCCUUUUUCUUUUCUCGCUCCUCGAUUCCUGUCACGUAGCGUGUUUCUUCUCGUCUCUUAAUAUAUUUCGUAUAACGGGCACUGUGUCAUUUCGACUCUUCUUCAUCCGUGCGUCUCCUUCCAUGAUGCUCUCUUAUUUCCACGAUUGUCCUGAUGCCACCGCAUACAUUCCUCCGCCUGAACAGACUUAUCUCGCGGAGACUUACCAAACGAUAGUCGACAAUCAUUGAAGAAACAUACAUUUAGAAACUUGUACGUGUUCUUUUCACCGAGGGCUAGAUAUUAAUUAUCGUCACCGACGUGUUUGCAGUCUCGUACAGGCAAUGAACAGAGGAAGUGGCAUCGGUCUUGGGGGAAAGUAAGAGAGCAAGGAGUAUUAAUUGCCUACGAUGCUAUCCUAUCGUGUUCGUAAUGCUUUUGCCUCUCGCAAGUGUACCACAAAACGUGAUUUUGAUAUCGAUCAACACGUAGGUAUACCGCGAUGCACACACGAAACAUAUCAUCGAGCCAAUCAGCCGAUCCUACCACUCCUAAUUAGGAACUGCAACUGAGGGAUGUGGAAUGCAAUUAAGUGAUUGAUGCUUCAACUUACUCUAACUGCAAUUGUGCUCACGAAAACGUUUUUUCUCUUUUCGCGACACUAGAGCGGUGACGCUUAGGAAACUUAGCCGAUCCCCGUGAAAUUUAUUACACACUACAUUUGUUUCGAUCAUAUGACAAAUUGCGUGCGUAGCAAUGACAAUCGUCAUAAUUUACUUCGAUGUAAUCUGAACGUGAUAUCAAGAAUAGUAUUCAUGGGCUGUGUACUUAAAUUAAGAUGUCGCUUUAAUUUCCAUUCAUGAUUAUUAAUCUUCGCACUUCCAUGAAACUUUCUAUGUCUUUCGAAUAUCUGUGAAUGACAAAUUGGUAGAUACAAGCUAGUCGUUGAAAUUUUUAGCGUUUUAAUUAAUAGGCAUAUCACGUAUAAUUUUUUUUAUUGGAAUAAUUUCAUUGAUUGUUAUAGAAAGACAAAGUUAUUGAUUUCAUAUUUUAAAAGAUACUAUUGUUUAUUAACUAAAUUUUUAAUUGUAAAUUGCAAUUAAAUGCGUAUAAUUUUCAUUCUAACCGAAAGGUGUGCAUUUAACUCAAUUAUUUAUAUUCAGAUGCCCCUCGAGAGAGUCUAACAUAAUUCUUAGCGGGACGAGGGCAGCAGUCGAGCCAAAUUGGGAUACUUACCGAUGCAAAGCACCGUGGAAACAGCUUAGUGUUAGAGCAAAAGAAUGUUUAAGAAAAAAAAGCACACAGAGAAAGAAAACAAAAGUAGGAGCCGUAAGCGUAGAUACCGAGCAUAAAACAUAAAGUAAUGUAUGUAUAUAAUCAUAUAUAUUAUACAAGAAAGACUACAAACAAAACAUGCGCAUCUAUAUAUAAUACAAAUAUGUAUAUUAUAUAUACAUAUAUGCAUAUAUAUAUGUGUAAGAUGAUAACAUUAGCCAACAGAUAGAAGCUAUAUCGAGUAUAAGCUUAACGAAGAGAUGAAAGGAGCGAACGAAUGCGGAUGCGCGGCAUAUGUAAAUGCGCGCUCCGCGACAUACUGUGUUAAAUACCUUUAGUUGUAAGAAAUAAGAAGACACAUUGAGAUGUAACUCAAGUAAGGGAAAAUAGAUGUGGCUAGCCUGCCGGACCCCCUGUGCCCCCAAAUAUAGAUACUUGUAAUGUAUGGAGCGUUAGCGGGAGAGAGAGAGAGAGAGAAAGAGAGAGAGAGAGAGAGAGAAUGCGUGAAAGAAAGCGUGUGUGAGAGAAAAGAGAUUAAUAUAGGGCGAAUAUGCGAAAAAGAAAUGGAAGAGUACGAAUGCGUCAUAUGGCAUACAAAGGGAAAAACGGAUGAGAGCGUGAGAGUGAAAAAGAAAGUGAAAGAGAGAGAGAGAGAGAGAGAGAGAGAGAGAGAAACGAGAUGUAGUAUGCUUCAGCGGAAAAAAAAAGCGUUAAGAGGUAAAAUUCCAAAAAAGGAGUACGAUAAUUAUGAUCGCGUCCGAUUCAUACAGAGUUUACGACGUUCCUUCAUUUUUCUCGUAGCUUUUCGUACGAUUUGACGAAGUAUGCGUUGCGGGGGCCCCCGUAGAUAUGGCCCUUCUCCCUACCCCGUUGCGAUUACGCGGCAUAUCACUUACGACCGUACGCUAAGAAGUUAGGUGCCUUUAUCCACUUCUUUAUGUGUAUGUAUGCAUUUCGGCAAAGAGAAGGACAACGAGAAACUGAAAAAAAAAAAAAUUGCGAAAACGCGGACGAUCGGGAGAAAAAUAUAUACAUCGGUAAAAACUAAAAACAUACACAUAUAAUAUAUCACGCAUGAAACGGCACGGCGGAGCUCGAGGGAAGGGGCCGGUACGACAUCCAUCCAUCGUGCAUCAUUCGGCACUGUGCUCAUAUUACGAAAACAGCCACCGAAAUGUCGGCACGACGAAAACAAACGGCAACAAGCGUCAUAAUAACGAAAGCGACGGGAGCGAUCAAGCGCUCGCGACUUAAGUAUACUUCCGCGAUUUAAACGUAUGGCCCGCGGGGUCCCAUGGCAGCCUCGUUGCAUAUUUAAGUUAAGGAGCUGGGAACGGCUCAAGAGCGUCACGCCGAGCGAGAGCUGUAUAAUGUAUAUGUAAUUUGCAACGAUGCGUGACGGCGCACGCACAAGACAACAAUACACAAAUCACACGCAUACACACGUAGAGAGUACGGGGGGGAGAGCGAGAGAGAGCGAGAGAGAGAGAGAGAGAGAGAGAGAGAGAGAGAGAGAGAGAGAGAGAGAGCUGAAGAGCUCCUGUGAACAACGCGCGCGGGCAGCAGAGACAGACAUGUGUACACAGGCACGGUGGGAUGUGUACGCUUGCAGAAACAAUUUUCACACAACACGAAAUACUACACGCAACACUACCGCGAGACGCCCUGGGACGUGCGUAAGAAAAAAGAACCGUGUAUGAUAUUAUAUAUACAUAACAUAGCAUAUAAAAGUACAUUAUAAAUAAUGAUGAAUAUAAAUAAAAAUAUAUAUAUAAAUACUAUGGAAAAAGUAAACAAAGUAUAAAUAUGAAGGAAGUAUAUAAACGAAAAUAUAGGAUAAAACACGCAUAGGCUUAAGAAUACAAGAUAUUAUUAUGAUGAUGUAUGGUUGGUUUAUAAUGUAAAAUAUAUUAUAGAAAAUGUA